AUGACCGAGUUUCCUCAACAACAGCAACAGCAAACCAACUUUCAACAACAAAAGAAUCUUGAAAGAGGCUGUAUUUCAUGUUGUGACAGCAUUGAAAGAACACAAAAGGUUUAAAACUUAAAAGUACACGAGGUUUCAGUCAGUUGUCGGUAAACAAACUUGGCGAUACAGCAGAAGUUUUUACGCACGAGUUCACCUGUCAAAACUUUGUCCAGUCUGAUACUAGAUUGGUCCUAGAGCGUGACCAAAUUAAAAGCGUGACCAACCUAAAAACAAUGUUUUUCAAAGGUCUUUGUCGUAAGGCAAACAAUCUAGAGAUUCAAGAUCUUUACUGGAAAAACUCCAUUGGCUGCCUUUAGGUAAACUGCUUAACGUUUCGCCAAGACAAACGCAAGCUGAAUGUCUUAGACUCUCCUUGCCCUCCCUUGUAGAGUCUGCUUUAGCCCCUCCCUGCCAAUCCGUAGGGGCGUACGGGCGGGAGUACGCUGACGUCAUAACCAAAUUUUCUUGCAUCGAUAGGUUACCAUUUUCUAUAGCAAUGGAGGCUCCGCCAUGAUGAAUGAAACAUUGUUUUUGUUUGUUUGUGUUUGUUGCAGGAGUAUUUGAUUCCUCAGAAUGUGGAAGAUUAUUCUCUGUCUUUCAGUCAUAUGUCUUACAACACUGACAAACGGUAAUUAUGCAAGUCAUGAAUUUACUGAAGAUGUAAUGUUUUGUGAAACCUGCCAACGUACUACAACAGGGUGCGAAAUUUAUGGUAUUACAGUUGUCAGAAAUGACCAGAUUUUGACAGUGACGAACAAAUGGCAGGACAUGGUUGCCCUUUGUAGGGCUGUGCUCUAGCAGCGCCCGUUGGUUUUGGGUUUCAAUACCGUUAAUGACAAGCAUCGUGUACAUUUUUGGUAUUUGUUGUUUUGGAAAAAGUCUUGAAUUUUGGAUCCAAAAAUUUGUACGAAACCUGUUUGCACAAUACGACGAUGUCAUCGAAUCAAAACAAAUACAUCCCCUUCCCACCUCUCAUUCAACCAGCGCAUACAAUCCUUGUGUUAACGAGAUUUUAUCUAUGGUUAAAAUGAUAAGAAAGUGAUUGUCACGUUAUAUGAGUUAGCAUGUAGCAACAAUACAUUUCCCCUCAAACCCAGUUUUCUCAGAGAAUCUUCAGAGUUAGUUUGUUGUACCCAAUAUUGACAUUAUUGUGUAUUUUUCCCCUAUUGAAGAAAGCAUCACCCGUGAUCUUGCGAAAAAAUAUAUAUAUAUAUAUAUAUAUAUAUAUAUAUAUAUAUAUAUAUAUAUAUAUAUAUAUAUAUAUAUAUAUAUAUAUAUAUAUAUAUAUAUAUAUAUAUAUUAUCUUUUGUUAUAUGAACUACAGCUUUAAGAGGGAUUUCUGCCACUAAGAAAAACUGCCACCAAUCGCACGUCAAAAUACCAUAAUUUUACCUGUGUUAAUAUCAGGCAAUCAGUGAACUACUUGUGUUACAAUGAAGACACCUGCCGUUGAAGUCCAUAGUCGUCGCCUUACAUCCAUUGCAUGCUUGCUCGGGUUUAUGAAGUUACUAAGAAAAAGGGGGAGGGGGCGAACAACGACUUUUUUAAUAAUUAUUUUUGAUAGACAUCAUAUUUAUAGUUUGCAUAAUAGAUAUAAAUUCUUGGAAUUUAACCACUUGCAUUCAAAUCGAUAUGCGUUCACUCGUGAGAUACGGGCUUGACGGUAAAUUCCAUGCUUCAGCUAGCCUAUGUAUUAUAGUCUAUGCUUCCUAUAUUUUUCGUAGAACAAUCUUGUAUUUAGUGGGCACCUCCAUUAAGCGGGCUCUAGCGGGAGUCUAGUGUGUGUCCUUUUGGGUACUGAACUUUCGUAUAAGAUUAGGAAUACUUAACCAAAGCAGCUCCACGGCCAAGUAAAGACCAAUAUAAAUGGUAUAAAGGAACCACUCUACUGACAUCAUCACCACCCUACAGAAUAGAGCAUAGGGAAUUCAGUGCAUUGAUAAUUGAGAAUGUUGUCAAGAAUCGAGACGAGGGACCAUACACAUAUUAUGGAGCAAAUUGUAGCCAUACACAUGUUAUGCAGAAAAUUUCUUGGGUAACGCGACGGAAACAGCACCAGCUACAGCAAGAAACUCGAUGGGCAAGGCUUGAAACCCAGACCUCCAGAUCAAGAGUUCAAGGUCUGUUAAUCCCUUGGUAACAUACGCCUCCUUAUGGGUACAUGUUGCUGGGCCUACAAAUGGGCGUAAAAGUCACAGAUAACUGCAUUCUCGUUGUCUAAAUUGCAGGUCAACAGGUGGCAGACCCGCCAAGAAUUGUUCACUUUCCAACCAAGGAUUUACUUGCUCCCGAGGAUGUUAAGUUUAGUAGACAAAAUGCCUUGAAAUUACCAUGUGAUGCUGUUGGGAAUAACUUGCAAUGGACCUGGAAGCACAAUGGCACAGCAAUUACGACGGGUGGUAAGUUCGCCAUUGGUGUUGAUGGAACCUUAUACGGAAGUUACCUUGAGAGUGCACAGAGUGGAAAUUACCAGUGUUUUGUCAGGGACAAUGUUACUGGAAUCGAGACAUUCAGCAGGAAGAUACAGGUUGCUGUUACGGGUAAGGAGUCAUUACCGUAUCAUUAGCAUAAGCAGUUCAACAGAUCUAAACAACAACAAAAAAAACAAAACAAUAAAGCCUAAGGCUGUGCUUUUGAUGCAGAGCUUGAAAAAAAAAGACAAUGAAUUCCAGCUUGUCCUUUGGGCAAGCAGCCCUCACAUUUGGCUUGUCCAAGGCCAUUUCUUGUUUGUCUAAAGUGUAAUUAUGAUUUUGUUAGAGGAUGACUUGGCUGAAACCUUCAGUUAAGUCAGCUUUGAAAGUUACUUGCCCAGCAAGAAUAUCUCUUUUCCCCGGCGGACUACCAGAUUUGACAUUUUUUAGCCCUGCAAAAGGCAAGUAAAAAGUGAAGAGUCCUAGCUUUAUUAUAACCCUAAGCGAAGUCCUCUACGUCGCAAGAAUCAAAAACUCAUGGCUGUGCUCUAAGAAAACCUGAAAGGAGCCAGGUGCUCUGAACCUGUGAAAUCCAGGGUUCAAUCACAAAUGUGCUUAAUGCUACUACAUGUAAGUGCAACCCUGACUAGUUGGGGGUGACAAGAGGAGCCCGCAAUCAUAAUAUCUAGGUUGUUAUUAUGCAUGCGUCACAUGUAUGUAGACAGCAUUUGUCUGGACUUCUACUUAGAAUGAAUUGAAUGCACAGAACACAAUUUGAUCACACGUUUGGACCUUCUAUCACUCAUAAUCUGAUCAAGCUUGUUUUGACCAUCUAUCACGUGAAACUUACGGGAAGCGCAGCACUGGAGCAAGAGUGUUUUGAGCUUCAGCCGUUGUCUCUGCACUCCGUAACCUUUGGUUAUUACUAGUUUAUAAUAUUAUUCUUGUUUCCUUGUACAGUUGUAGGGUCAUUCACCAAUCAAAUUGUCCGGGAGGAGUCUGUAGAUCUUGGGCAAGAGAUUAGUAUUGAUUGUCCACAGCACUCUGCCAGUUAUGGUGUCAGGUACUCAUGGCAGGGAAAAAUCAAUACUGUGGACAUACAGUUCAAGAGAAAUGAUCGACGAGCCAUAUCACAGACAGGGCAACUAUUAAUCAUGUAUGUUACCCAGCAAGACAUUGACGAUUUUGCAGAGUAUGACAGCCAAGGAAUCAGAUGUUUUAUGACUGGAGCAAACAGAUUUGAAAGUUCUGGUAUUUUUAAGUUAAAGAAGAAAAUUGCAGGUAAAUUCUUUGGUUUUUUUUAACACAGAACGAAAUCUCAGUGAUUGAAGGAGGAACUUCCAUCCCAUUAAAUACGUGUAUUUAUAUUAAAUGUAACAUUUUGGGAGUGUCCUUUUGACCUGGUGUCCAUAUAAUAAAUUGAUUAUGCUAUUCUCUGUUUUCACUUUCAUGCCACCAAAAAUUAAAAUCAAAACUAUUCAAUACAGAAUGUUUGAGGCUAACUUGGAAAGAUGGAGGUUCUUUAUAUUAUUAUAACUUAUGCCAUUUUUUGCUGAUGAACAAGUCUUAAUGAAAAAAGGGAGGGGAGAUGUUACAUAAGAUGUAUCUUUACUGGUAGGCUAUAGCAUAAAGCAAGGGUGAAUGUUUUACAGAGUGUUGUGUAUUUUGUCUUAGGUCAAACAGAUCCAGGGACACCAAGAGCGCCUGCAUGGAGGCUUAUACCUGCUGCCACAGAAACGGCUGUGGAGGGAAGAAAUAAAACUUUGUAUUGCCUUGCAGUUGGAAGGUGAGUGCCUGCAUGGGUACAUUUACAAAUUAGGCAAAACAAAAUAAAUAGUAAUAAGAUAAGGAAAUACAUGUAUAUACAUACAUUCUACAUAUAUAAAUAAAUAGUUAGGAUGGACAAUUUUCAGAAUGAAUUCUGUUCAUUUAAGCCAAUAUCAAUGGCAGUAGCACUGGAUGGGUUUGUUUUCAGAAAAUUUAGGCAUCCAACUUUUUGGGGUUAGAACUGUAGGCUGUCAAUGCAAAAGCGUCCCUAACAGCCAACUGCUUCUUACACCCAUUCAUUAAAAUUGGGUAUCUGGUAAGUUGUUCACCUUAAACUACAUACAAACAUUUACCUCAGCUAUUAAACGGUUCAUGGCACAUUCUAUCCAUUUCUAAUGUCCUGUCUACCUGCUUCUGAUGCACUGAUUUGCUUUGUGAUUGGCUGUUCUCUGUGCCAAGAAAGCCAAUUAUCAUUUGAUGCAAAUUUUUCUUCCUUUUCAUUGGUCGAAAGCCCACCACGUGACCUGCAAAUAACUGCCUAAAAAUAAUGGUCUGCUCAUGUCGCAAUGUCGCGCAACUGUGUUUGGCUGCAAAUAAUAUUCUUCGAAUGCGUAAACGAAACCUUUGCUUUUCUCCUUCUUGCGAUCGUUCUUGCGUGAAAAAAAAAGGCAGAUCGCUUCGCUUCCCGAAAAUGGUCGUUAAAAACAAACGUGGUGAUCGAAUGACAAAACACUUAUUAAACUCGGUUAUCGCAAAAAUAUCGCGAUUUGCCAGUGUCUCGUACAUCAAUUAUUUGCCUCAGCCUUCGGCUUCGGCAAAUAAUAAUCUGCUCGCCACUGACAAAUCACGAUAUUUUGCUCAACCUCGUCCAAUAAUUGUAAUUUGUCCAAUAGCCCGGAAACAAGUAGACUGUGUGAUUGGGCUAGUACAUUCUGUUCUUUACGUGUCGGACAGGCAAGUGAAGUAUUCUGCAGGAAGUCAAAUCACAGAAGUAUUUUAAGACAAGUGUUUUAAUUUCCUGAUAUAUUCACGUGGAUCGAGAGUUGCUUUCAAGCUGGUCUGGCAUAGUGAAAUUAUUACACUAACUGUCUUGCAUGUAAUGGUGUAAAUUAUAAUCAAUAAAAUUGUAAUGUUAAUUAAUUAUUGAUCCUGCUCGUCAAAAGUUUGGGGGGCUAAUGUUAAAUUGACUCUCGGGCUUUAAAUAAGUACUGUACAUGCUUGUUAAUGGGCAAGCUGUAAAGCUGACUCUCUUAUAUUGCUCCGUACUGUUUAAACGGCUACAUUGUAGCUGUUAAGAACAUUAUUGCAUGAGAGAACUCACAAUUUGUUACCAGAAUUGAUAAAUUUUGUAUUGCUUUUAAAUUAGAAAAAAAAAAUAAUAGUACAGUCAAACCGCGCUAUACAGACACCCACUUAAUACGGAUGCCUCAUUAGUUAUUACAGACAGUUUGCUUUGUCCCUGGGGAUCCAAAGAAAGCCCUUGCAUUUUAUUUAAAUUCAACCCGCUUAAUAUGGACAUUUUCCGUGGCCUCCUCAUUGUCCGUAUUAACGGAGAACGUGGCUGUAGGAGUUUGCAUGCACCUUGAUAGUUCUUGAAAGUCCUUGAACACACACCUGACUGUAACACACUAAAACAUUGCAUAGCCACACGAAUCCUUGCAAUUUAGUGAUUGAUAUAACUAAAUGCAGUUGACAUCUGAUAGUUCAAAGCUGUUGCGCGUUAUCUUGUUACUUACAGACCUGUGCCAACGAUAACUUGGAAAAUGCAGGACAAACGUGGAAACUGGCAAAACCUUGUACAUGGACAAGAUAGUUUUGAGAUUGAUACUGCUUUCCAAGGAAGACUGCUUAACAUUAUAUCCGUUAAACAGAACAUGCAUGAGACCAGGUACCGUUGUGAAGCUGAGAAUUCUCAAAGUGGUGGAAACCCCUUGGUCCAUGAUAUACAGCUGAAUGUUGAAGGUAAGUGGCGUUAGUGCCGUCUCAAUCUCAUGCACUGAUCCCUUUAAUGAUCAAAUUAAGGUGGCUGAACACAGUUUUAAGGGCGGUUUAAAUUAGAGAAACCAACAUGGCGGCGAAAAAGGCAAUGGUACACAGAAGACAAUUUCUCAAAAUCUACUCAUUAAAAUUUUGUGAUAUUUGGCAGAAUUUUUACUUUUAUCAUAUUUUAAAUAAUGAGAAAUUUGAAAUGGAAGUUGAACCGACGAAUUUUGUGACACAUUUAAUAAUUACAGUACAAUUAUAUUAUUGAUCAUCUAAAAACCCGUCUGUUAAAAUUUGGUCAAAUAAGUUUCAAAUGGUAAUGAUUAAUUAUAGUAAGCUGUGUGCAAGUUUAUAGGAAAAUCUAAUGAGCGAAUUUUAUGUAAACUGAAAAAAGUGAAAUUGUAAGGUUGUAUUCAAUCGUUCAUGUUGCCAUGAAAACUACAAAAACGUCACAUUUUACCUGUCAAUCAAAAUCUUUCAUCAGUAUAUUUUUCAGUUGCCAAGUUUGAGCUUGUGAGUGCAACCUUUCUCUUCCAUUGAUUUGGCAAAUGACAUACAAACUGCCAAAACUUGGGUUCAGCCACCUUAAGCACUUCAAUCUUACUGUCACACUAAAUCACCGCCUGGUUAGCUUAGCUGGGAGAGUCGUUUGCUAGUCUGCCGAGUGAUAGGUCAUGCGUUCAAACUCUCGGCUGGACCAACACUCGGGGUCUUUAAAUAACUGAGAAGAAAGUGCUGCCUUUUUAAUAACCUCUGCAAACGGUUAUUUUUUCUAGUCUUCUUGGAAACGGAUGAAAAACGGUAUGUUCCUUCACAAAACACUUUCACUUAUCUGGUUCUUCCAUUAGUGCGACGUAAAACCAGAACCCACAUCACUGUUCCAAAAGACUAAGGGACAUAGACCCCAGUGGUGUGGCAACCCUUUCCUGGGGUGGGUGGGUAUCUGUAAGGACUGAUCUUAAUAAUACACUGUAGGGAUGUCGUAAUAGGUUCUUUGCAUGACUUGAUCACGUGAUCAACUUUCGGUAAACACGAAAACAGUUCACUUUUGAAGAUUUUGUUAGCAAAAGCUGAAAGAGCAUAUUAAAAAAUAGGUAACCUGAGAAUUUUCAGCGGUAUAUCUCAAAAGUAGCGAUUGCAACGGCCACCGAAAGUUGGAAGCAUUUGUAUGAGGAAAACAACUUUUGCCAUCCAUACAAAUCCUUGUAAUUUCGAAAUUUUCAAAACUGUCAUAAAAUCCUUAAGCAUUAACGGGGCCCAAACCUCCUUUUAAUUCGUAAAGGCAAUUUGAGCCCUUAAAUGCGUAAAGGAAAGAUUCAACGAGAGUUUAAAAAUUUUAGAAUUUAUAAGGAUUUGUAUGGAAAACCAUGCAAGCGUGACUGGGUCGCAAAAGUUGUUUUUCUCAUACAAAUGCUUCUAACUUUCGGCGGCCGUUGCAAUCGCUACUUUUGAGAUAUACGGCCGAAAAAUCUCAGGUUACCUAAUUUUAAUAUGCUCUUGCAGCUUGUGCUAACAUAAUUUUUCAACUUGAACUGUUUUCGUGUCUACCGAAAGUUGGUCACGUGAUCAAGUCAUGCAAAGAGCAUAUUGGUACCUUAAAUAACAGCAGUGAUUUUGUUACCUCUGCGUCCUGUGUCCCUGAUGCAUAAACAUCCCCAAAGACACAAAAUAAUUCAUGGCAUGCGUCCCGUAAGACGCAAAGAACGAUCGAUCGACUUGAAGAUUCUUUUUUUGGUAGAAUACCCUGUUCGUGUUAUUUCUGUUGCUGUUCUUUAAAGAUGCAUUUUGUUGUAGUUUUUUUUUCUGCUUUAAACAUGGCAAAUUGAAGAUUCAAUCGACCCCGAUAACUCAAACCCCGCUAACUCGAACUGUUUUUCGUGUCCCUUCAGAGUUCGAUCGAGUUACCGGGUUUCUACUGUACAAUACAACUGAUUAUUUUAUUAAUUCUCUUUGCAGUUCCUCCAAGGUUUGCAGCAUCUCCUCCGCAACAAGUUGAAAUUGAUGUUAAUGACAAUGGCAGCUUAACAUGCGAUGUAUUUGCAGACCCUUCGCCAUCUUUGAAGUGGUACAAGAAUGGAAAACAACUCACAACAUCAACGUAAGUUUUGUAACAAUUGUUUCUCUUAGAACACACUUUGUGAAUUGGUAAAUGUAAAGGCCACACCAUGUUUUUAUUCUCACACAUUGUUAUAACUGCUAACUUUUGAUUUUUUCUAGAUUUCAUUUGUAGUGUCCGGAAAAAUUUAGUGCUCUCAAGAAUCAUUUGAAUGCAUAAGAAUAUCAUGUAAUUUAAUACUCUACACAUCCUAGAUGAGCUUAACGUUUUGCACUGGAAAGUUAUAAUUCAGUCUAAGUUGCAUUCAGCUGUGCAUUUGGAAGUUGUCUUUAUGACGUUCAUAACUUGAAUAUAAAGAGGUAAAAUAAUAAUACAUUGUGCUAGGCAUGAAUAAAAAAUAUUUUCUCCUGCACCAAAAAGCUGAAGAAGAUAUGAAGUGCAAGGUGAAAGCAAAUUAUUUAGAUGUCAACGGACAAAAGUGGGAAAGGUUCUACUACUGUUGUUGUUUUUGUUGUCCAAGUUGGUAGCAAUCCCAAGAAAGAAGCUAAAAAGUCCCUGGAGGCAUGAUGACAAGCAGAUUUGCACUCAUCGGAAAAAUCAAUUUACACUUGACAUAGCCUGCGAAAACAGCCGUUUCUCCUCGCUUUCGUCGCUGAGGACGUUUCGCAAGGAAUAAUUUCUGCGACUCAGCGACAGAAAUUCCAUACUGAUGACGUAAAAUUGUUUACGAAUGACAGGCAAAAGACAAAAGGCCACGAAGGUCAAAUGUAAACGCGAUGAAUCUCGAAACAAAACAGUCAAAAUUGGUGGAGCAUAUUCUUCUCUAGAAGAAGCAUUUGAGCUUUGCUGGAGUUCAUUCGCAGAUGAACACAACACUUUAGUGAAAUCGACCAGGAGGAAACGUAAAAUUGAACAAAUUUGGAUGUGGAAACCCAUGACUACCGGAUAUAUUAUGUAAACAUUGAUUUACGUCAUCAGUAUGGAAUUUUCGUCGUUGAGUCACAGACGUUCUUCCACGCGAAACGUUCCCAGCGGCCAAGAGCAAUGAGAAACGGCUGUUUUCGCAGGCUAAACUUGACAGUGUUCCACAUAAACCUCCCCUCCCUUGCCUCUUUUUUGUUGCUAGUCGCAGGCACAGUUUCAGUAUGUUUCUUAUCAUGGAAAUAGAGGAUAUUACAUCCGGCGGAGAUAAGAAAUUUCCUUCGAGUGUUGAAUUAUUUCGCGAGUGAGCGCAGCGAACAAGUGAAAUAUUUUUCAGCGAAGAAGAGAAAUUUCGUAUCUCCAAGCGGCUAUAAACACCAAUGAAAUACCAACCUUUUUCACUUUAAUAGCUUUUUGCUGUGAAAGGCGCGAUCUAUUACUUGUUAUUUUCACAUGUGAAGAUAUCAUGUUUUUGCACGAAAGCUCACCUGGUAUUCUAUUGGUGUUUAUACAGUAAAAUGUCGUAUUUCACAGUGUACAGGUAACAUUAAGUGGCAACAAGCUGGUUUUCAAGAAUGUGAGGCACCCAAAUGAAACUGGAAUUUAUCAAUGUGUGGCGGAGAAUCUACAUGGAAUGAUCGUGUCGUCCACAUAUGUCAAAGUUCUAGGUAAUCACUUGGAAAAUUGCAUAAAUAGUAAAACUUCCACUCUAAUACUGGCGUGUUAGAUAAGAAAAACUUGACAUUGCAACUUUUGUAUAAGAUGAGGAAUACUAAACAUUGCUUGUAUGCAGGAAAAACAAAGAAACAAACCGCAAACAAAUCAGGUUGAGAUCACCGCACAAACUUAUGCAAUAAACACUGCCUUUUGCGCAUUUCAUUUCCGCUGUCGCGUCUUCAGUCUGCCUGUAUAUUCUUUAAGGGUAAAAUUUCUCGCACGCGAAUUUUUCUUUUUGCAGCCAUAAAACCAUCUUUUGCGGAGUCCGGACUUGGUCCAUUCUACUUGUUCAAAGGCACUGCAGGGCGGUUGACGUGUAAUCCAAAAGCAGCUCCACGGCCAAGUAAAGACCAAUAUAAAUGGUAUAAAGGAACCACUCUACUGACAUCAUCACCACCCUACAGAAUAGAGCAUGGGGAAUACAGUACAUUGAUAAUUGACAAUGUUGACAAGAAUCGAGACGAGGGUCUUUAUAAAUGUUAUGCAGAGAACGUCUUGGGUAACGCGACGGAAAAUGCAACAGCUACGGUUUUUGGUGAGAAUACCAUGCACGUAUGUCUCUUAAAUAAGCGAGCUUUAGAUAUGGCUCGGAGUCAAUGUCCAGUACUAGACUGCAUCGCAGACGUACUCUAACCCGGCUGGUUCAGUUUCAUCAGGCUAGGCAGGCUAGUCCAACACGAGUAUGACUCUAAACUUUCGAGCAGGUCCAACUCUUUUUUGGUAUAGUGCAAUGCUUAGUGCAUUACGGCAAAUCAGUAAACAAAAGAUGACUAUCUCGUCUACAAAAUUAAAAAUUCGCAAAACCGUUGGACUAAAAAAAAAAACCAGACACACACACACACACACUCUGGAGGGCGGUUUCAAAAAGAUGCGGUUCCGUUCAGCGGAUUCACUGGUUUCUUGUGGACAGAAGGCCGAUUCGAAUAAAAAAAGGUUGCGGUUUCAAAAAUACCCGGAUGCGUGUGGACGGGCGUAAGUUUCCCUAGAGGGAGCUUAAGCAGUGACGACGGCAAGGACAACGUAAAAAACGCAAUUGGCUAUCUGAGCAAGUGUAUAAAGACGGAAUACAUUAGGAAAAUUGAGUAAUUUCAAUCUUCAGUAGACAAAAACCUUGUACCAGAAUAAUUUAAACAAUAUCGGAUUUUUUAAUUUUUUUUUUCAAGGGCUAUAGAUAUCAUUAGUUAUCUGUAAUAACACCAUAGAAAAUUUCUCAAGGGAGCCUGAGAAAAUGAAUGUCAAAGUUCACAAGAAUUGUGAAAACACAGGUAAAAUUCUGAAAAUUUCAUGUGUAAGAUGUCAUUUUGUGAACCUCGACUGAAAAUUAAAAUUACUCAAUUUCCUGAUGGGCUCCAUCUUAAGCUUUCCUUUGGUACAUUUCUCUGCCGUCUAUUGCACGACUCCGUCGUAAAACUUCCUUGUACAGCGUUUUUUUAGGAACGUCAAUACAUGGUAAUAAAUUGACCUUUUUCUUUUGAAAUUGGAUAGAGUCUUUUAGAACUUGAAUCCUUGAAAACUUGCCUGCAUUUGACAAACUCACCGAGGCAGGGUUUAAAAGAACGCUAAUUCACUUCUUGGUGACCUUUUCGCUAACCGUCGUCGUCGUGGUUGUUUAAGCUUCCUAACAGCCAGGCAGUUAUGGGAGUUAAUCAAAACGCGCGGAAAUUGGUAUCCUCUGAUUUGGUAAAAUUAAUACUGUUGAUGAUUUUGUUUUUCAGAGAGAACAAUAAUUGUCGUUCAACCACGUGAUCAAAGCGUUGACAAGGGAACUCGUGUUGAUCUGAGAUGCGAGGCAACCGCUGACCCGUCUCUUGAGUUAAGAUACUACUGGAAAAAGGAUAAUGCUGUCAUAACGUACAACAACAAAACUCAGUGGCUUGAAGGAGCUAAGGUUCUGACAAUUGCUAACAUUACAGUUGAUGAAGCUGGUAAUUAUACUUGUGUGGCCUACACUUCUGGUCCAAUAAGAUCUGAAGAUCAAGCAUCUGCUACUAUUGAUGUCUCAGGUAUUAAACAGAACUUACUGACAUCGGUUUUUGGACUUAAGAAAUUGAAUUUGGAUUUUAGUUCCAAUAAAAAUGCAACUUUGAUACUAAGUUGUUCACAGUAAAUGUAAUUUCUCACGAUUGAGAGACAUGGGAACGACUUAGUCAGAAAUUAAUAUUCUGAGGGCACGGUAUAGAGGCGCGCUGGUGUUCCUGGGAUAGUGUCGGGCUAUUUGUGGUUUUGGCGCGAGACUUGUACCAGUCCUUCUGAUAGUUUUCGUUUGUUUUGCAAGUUUUCCGUUUCUAUUAAUAUUUUAAUUUGUUACGUCUUCAGAUCUGUAUGUUUUGGAAUAACGUUUCUUAUUUCGGUGUAUAGUUUAUGAAUUAGGUAUUUAGACCCGCACCCUUUUCCAUUAGUAUAAUUUUGGAGUAGUCUACGUAACAUUGUAAUGUAUUUUCCUUGAUCCUUUUCCCCAGGGUUUUACGUGCCACCGCAUUAGUAGGGUAAUACGUUUCCACUCAUUUUUUUUGGCCACUUCGACCUCAAUGGUAGUUUUUAGUAGCGUAGUACAAGUUCUAGCUUAAAACAUAUAUUAGUAUUUUGCUAGAAGGAUAUCAUUGAUUUAACAUUUGCAUCAGAUGACUGACAGACGCAUCCUAAAUAAAAGUUUUCACAAUGAAUAUCUUGUGUUAGUGGAGUCAGAAUUUACAGUAUGUUGUGCUGAUGUGUGAACAGGGCAUAAUUACUUACCAUCUAGUGUAAAGACCAGUUUUGAAAAAAAAGACGGCUUUCUCACACUAACCAUUUUUUUUUUUCGUUUAAAUCUGAUUUUUAUAGGUGCUCCUCCUCAUCCGCCAACAAAUCUUGCCAUAACAAAUUGCUUCAACCGCACUACAACGCUUUCCUGGGUUAAUGGAGCAGCAAAAGAUGCGUCCAUUACGAAGUUUAUUAUUGAGCAGGAAUCUUCAUAUGAGCCCAACGUGUUUUAUAGCAUUGAAAAUGUCACAAACCCUAAUGCGACGUCCUUUACCUUUAAUCUGACCGGAUGGGCGACCCUUCGCUUCCGUUUGAGAGCUGUCAACCGCUUUGGACCCAGCCGCCCAAGUGUAGCCACGUCUAAAUUUUGUCGAACGGAUGUUGGACGUGAGUAUACUUUUGGCUUUUCAACGAUCACGUGUGUAAGCGAAAUGUGAAGAUCAGUGAUAUUCCCCUCCCCCGGGCAAAAGAAAGUUAAAUGCCGCAGUGGCGGAUCCAGACCUUCAGAUAAGGGGGGGGGCGGUCAUCCACACCCUGAGAUAAGAGGGGGUGGUCUCAAAAAAAAAAUGUUUUCGGCCAUUCGGGCCUCAGUUUGGUCUAAAAAUAAGCGGGGAACUGGGCCCUCCAGGGCCCUCCCCUGAAUCCGCCACUGUAUCACAUUGAUUUUGGUCUUCCGCAGUAAAAAAAAUGCUGACUUUUGAGUCGCUAGGUGAAAUUACGUGUUGUGUAAGUCAUUCAAAGUCACUGCAGAACUUGUUGGGUUGUUUCUUGAUAUUGAGUUCGAUUUUAAAGCAUUCUUGGAAGAGAGGUGACUUAAAAUCUUUGUACUUUUAACAGCUCCGGAUAAAUAUCCAGACCAUUUCCGUGGAAAUGCCAAGGGAACGGAGAAACUCGAUAUUGUUUGGACUGUAAGUAGACUUAGCCUUAGGUUUAAACCUUUAAACCCUUGUUGUUCUAACUUUCUUUUAAGAUAUUGUGGUUCAUGCGCCAAUCGAAGAGGUCGUGACAGUUAAGCUCCUUUUGAUAUUUCAACAGUUUGUCCUCGUGGCUGCUAUUUAAAGGAAAAAAAAACCGCCAUUAGUAGACUUACGCUGCACCUCGGACAAAGAAGAUCUAACCAAUAAUGAUUAAAAGUAGUGCCUGCAACACUAAGGAAACACCAAUUUAUAGGAUAUCAUAGCAAGAGAAAUCAAACUAGUGACAACUCAUGUCAGGGCUUGUUUCUUAAAGUGUUGAUUAGGGAUUAUUUAGUUAUUUAGCUUAUAUUCGGAGGGGCUUAUGAGCAGAGGUUCUACUUGCAAAACGUAACGAUUUUGCUGUUUUUCUUGGUAGGCAAUGCCUAAAGUGGAUUGGAAUGCUCCCGGCCUUUACUACUUGCUGAAGUACAGAGAGGUGCCGGAUGGGACAUUUGGAGACCCGGAGAGAAUCACUGAUCCCGCUGUUGUCGCUUUUGCGAUACCAAAUCCCGGCAUUUAUAAGCUGUGGGAAUUUCAGAUUCAAGCUGGGAAUGACGAGGGGUUGGGACCUGAGAGUCCUGUAGUACAAUCACAUUCGGGUCAAGACCGGCCCAAAGGAAAGCCGGGAAAUGUACAAACUGGAGCUGCAACGGCACGCACUGUUAAUUUGACGUGGGUUCCUGUCACCGUUACUCGAGGAAGUGUGGAUGGUUAUAAGGUGAGAGCAGCCUCUUCCAAGACCUCUCUUUUCCCUUUGCCUGGAGCAAGAGGGAAAGAGAAGAAACCCUGAGUGCGGCGUGUAUUCGCUUUUUUUUUUUUUUUUUAAUUUGUUUAGUUUAAGCUUGGAAGUAGGUUUUGGUAAAGUUUUUUGUAGUGUGGAUAUUGAUCGAGUCAAACAAAGGCAUCGGUCGAGUCACAUCCAAGAAUUGGUGUCAAGAACAGUUGUUUGCAGUAGUCCAUUUUCAUUUGCAGAUUUAUUACUCGGGUGAAAGUCGCGUGAGCGAAAGACGUCGACGAGAAAUUCCUGGUGAUGCGAUGUUUGUUAAUGUCUCAGGAGGCAGCAAGAAGUCACAUACUGUAACGAAACUUACGCCUUACACUAACUACAACUUCUCUAUCACGGCUUACAACGAGGGCGGCGAAGGACCGGCCAGUGACGAAGCCUUUGCUACGACUGAUGAAGCUGGUAAGUUGUGUUAUGGAGUACAAAAUCCCCUCUUUCUUAACAGAGUUCUUAAUGAGACGGACUGCCCCCUACUAAAAUGAAUACAUUGAGAAAGUCACUGUCUUUCUUUUGUCUUUUCGUUGACUCCAUAAGGCGGUCACUUCGUGCCAGACCCACCGUGCAGGUCUUGGAAAGAGGAGACAGUAUCAAUCGGCAUGACGCCAUUUGGGACGAUCGGAUGAUUGGGCCAUCAGAUUUUUUUUUUUUUUCAAUUUUACCUUUGUCACUAUUGGCAUUGAAAGGGUUUAGGCAUGCAAGAUUCACUACCACGAUACGUGUCAAGUCCGGAGAAAAGGUUCGCUCUUUCCAAAGUCAAUUAAAUUGUCAUUUCUUAUUCCUCCUUUUAGAACCUGGUCCACCAUCACAAGUCAACGUCUAUGCCUUCGCAAAAUAUAUCAUGGUUAGAUGGAAAGAUCCUGUGGAACCGAACGGUGUUAUUACAAAAUACCGAGUGAGGUCUGCGCAGUACGAAGGUUCGCAGCCAAGCGACGAUCUUCAGGUAUCCUGGCAGGAAUUCGGACCAGGUGUUUUUAGGAAGCUGCUGGACAAUCAGACGCCGGAGAGAAAUCAUGUUGUAGAAAUACAAGCACAGACAAGCAAAGGGUGGGGAGAUAAAGUCAGAAAUACAACUCGAACUGUGGCAUAUGCUCGUAAGUAAUUUUUCAAUAUUUUAGUGAUUAGUUCUGGAGUCAGCUCUCUCAUUGCCAUGAUCUCGCUGAGGGCUUAAAAAGCCCAUGAAUUUUUACUCCAUGUCAGUUGUAGGCUUGUCUUAAUUAUGUUUUAGUUACAAUCAAACUUGCCUGGCCCCUUUACCAUCGAGCAAGUGAGUAUGAAAUCUUUCCUGCCCGGAAGGAAAGUCCACUGGUCCCAGACAUCCAGACGGGGCAUGCAUUCUUUGAGUCAUCACCCCUAUUAUGGAUACCUUGAUAAUGGGGACAGUAGUUAAAUCCCCGGUAAAACUACAUUGCACUUUGAGGUGCUUUUCUUUGCCUUCAUUUCACGACGACGAUCCGCGAAAUUUGCUAAUGCGAGGCGCAACAAGCUCACAAUUUCUCCCUGUUCCCACUAAUAAUGCGCCCUUCUAUUCUAGAGCGCGUGCAAUCCUCGCGCCUGCGUGUAUGUUAACACUAAUAGCCACAAGUGGACUGUAGAGGAUCUUUCAGCUUGUUAUGAAUUCCGUUAAGUUAUAUGUAGAUGCCUGUAAAAUGAUUAUUUUUCUCAGCUCCCGCCAAACCAGCAAGACCCACCGCGGAGGGAAAAGCUGUGGAUAAAGUAAGAGUUACUUACAAAUUUGGCCUGGGUGGAGGCUACACGCACGAGUUCUUGGUCAUGUAUCGAAGGAAAUGUAAGCAUUUUUAAAGAUGUUAAUAAAUGAAAGCUCGUUAACCCCUACACACCCGGCCAGAGUAAAUGACUUAGACCUGUUAGAUGGUUCUAACAUUUGAGUAUAUCGUUCUAUCUUUUGAGUCUGAAGACAAAAUUCUAUGGUGUGACAAUUCAAAUGAAACCUCUAUGAUAGUACUUUCACUUUGUACUAUUCAUUUCUUUUAAUUUUUUUAUUUCUUUUCUUUUUUCUUUUCUCUCUUUUUUUUCACAUUGUUCAAAUAAAUUAACUUUGGAAUUUUUGCCACUUUGGGAGUGAGAGGGUCACACGUUACUGGCAAAGUCGACGCUCUUUUACAGACAACUUCUAUCGACUAUGACGGACACCUUUUUCUUCAACCGUUGUCUUUGGCUUUCCAUAAGGCUGGCACCUCUGUAGGACGGACGCUGAGUUGCUAAAUUAUGUAUUACAUAAUAAUUCAAUAAGUAAAAUAUGGUGACGUCGAGUUUGACGUUCCCAGUUAAUUUGUAGAAAAAUUCGCUUACUUUGGCGGUCACUGCUGAACAGUUUGGAAGUUAUUCAACUUUUUAGUGUCUGUGUGUGUGUGUGUGUGUGUGUGUGGGGGGGUUUGGCUGGGGUUGAGGCUAAACCCCGCCACCUCGCCCCGGUAUUACUAGGGUUAAACGAACAAACCAAUUUGUUGUUGGAGGGGUGAGGGCCAUUUAAAAAUUCGUAUAUGUUGUCAUGAAAUUGCACGAGUGAGAAGAAGAGGAAGAAAUGAAACGUCUCUCUCAGUUAAGUAAUUAUCUAAAAUUCUGUAUUAUUAAUUUAUUUUGUAGUGGAGGGAGAAGCUUUUCAAAAUACCAGCUGGGUGAACCAUUUUGAAACGCAGAGCAUCGAGAUCGAAGGCUUAAAUAAUGAGCUUUACGAGUUUAAAACUGUUGGCAGAAAUGAUUAUCCAGACAAUAAUAACGUCAAUUCAAGAUCAGAGAGCCCCGCCAGUGACGUCACGGAAGGACGACCUCUCCCUUCAACAACAAGUAAGUAUCGGACUUCACUCUCAGAAGAAAAUGCUACAAUCGGUGACAAAAUUGAUUGAGACAUUUUUUCCCUAAAUGGUCCCUCUUACGUUUUGCCGACUGCCUAUUACGAACCAAUGUAACAACCAACUCCAAGUAGGCUUUCGAGCUCAAUUGGUUAGAGGGCAGCAGUCUCUCACAAAACGGUGACAAAGCAGCCUCCGCAAUUUGGCUGUGUAGUGGUAAAUAUUGCUUCGAGCGUAUAAAACGUAAACUACAGUAAACCGCUUCACAAUAAAUCACGCUGUUCAAUCACCAUGAAGUCUUUUCUUACCUUCAGAAUUAUCAACACUAGGAUAUUCCCUUGUUUUCAAAAAGUUCUUACUCUGAAACUUUGGCAAAACACCCAGUUUACGACGGCGAGAUUGUUUUGCUUUAUAUUCACCGCGUAGCGUCGUGAAUGUUUUUUCCUUGAGCGCGAAUUGGCUCUGAGUCGAUAGCCCAUGAAGCCAAAGGCCGAAUGGGCCAACUCAGGGGGAACGAAAGCUACUUGACGACUCAUAUAAAGACCACAGGAGGAACAAUGGUUUUACUCUUUUUCUUAUCACAGAACACGGACUCCAGUGCUACCACUGUGUGUCAACUAAGAGUUGGGAUGACUGUGCCUCUAUCCAGAAAAAGGUGGCCUGUGAUUCUGGUAAGGAAACCUGCGCCAAUAUUCAUUACCAUUCAAAAUCGGGAGACCUGGCGAUGUCAGAAGAACGUUAUGCCAGAAAAUGUAGCGCAAAAUCAGCCUGUGGCAACGAGGAGCUCUGCAAGGCAUUGGCUCCAAAAGGAGCUACAAUCAAGAAGUGUAAAGUGAACUGCUGCGAGGGUAACCUGUGCAAUCGAGCCAGAGUACCACUGGCCAGCGCGAUUCUGCUCCUGGCAUGCGCCCUUUCAGCGUUUUUUUUUUGUUCAGAAAGUGCAAAUUGUGAAGUUUUGAGUUUUUAAUAGCUCUUUGGGUUAGGGCGAGAAGUCGUUUUAUAGUUCUGUUGUAACGUACAAGUAAACAUUAUCUUAAUUUUAUGUAUUAAGUCUUGUUUUACCAAAGUGAGUUUUGACGAAGGAAACCAUAUCAUGUAGAAGCAAUUUUUAGCAUAGCAUUUUAAAUUAUAAAAUUUUAAACGUGUUUAAUUUUCAUGAAGUAUUCCUGUUUACGUGUUUCUUGUGAAAUUUAAAAAGAGCUGUCUUGAAAAUUUCAUGAAGACCCUUUCUAAACCAGCGUUUUUAGGGGAGGAGGGAAGAAAUACGACUCCCCUAAAAACCCCUGCGUGGACAGCGGAAGUGAUUUUCACGGCCCAAGUCCGGCCCAAGUGCUAUAAAGUCAGUCAGUCGCGGUGGAAAAGAAAAAAGCGGGGUUUGGUGAUGUUUUUAAACACUUUUGAAAGGUAAAGAUGUUUUAUAUUAUAAUCACACUGAAACGAUUGUAAAAUAUUUUGUAACUAAUCUAAAUAAUCACAAAAAAAACAGAAUAGGAGCGGGCAUCUCGUUUAUUGAUAAAGCCAGUGUAAAGCGUUACAAAAACACAGCGUUACAAUUUUGCAAACUCAGGGAAAUUAGAGCAGUAAAUAAAAUAAAAAAUUUAGGGUUGAAAGAGAUGCUUCGAAUGGCUCUUGCAUAACUUAACAAACCUUAAAUAGUGUACCAGCCCCUUGAGACACCUUACGCGCACGCCUUAAAUACUUCAGCAGUAUUAUGCAACCUAAUUUACAUACUCUUGUGAAACUAAGAAAACGUUACAAAUUAUAUUUUACAUCGAUGUGGUUAUAAAGUCGGCGCCGCAAAUUUCUAUAUAAAAUGCAGAAAAGGUAAGAUCUUUCAUUAGCUGCAUAUUGCUUUCCCCCUUAAAUGUAUGAAAUACGUAAAUACAAAACAUUAAUCGGUGUCGGUUAAUUUCCUAAGUCACACGUGCUUUCGAGUAUUGCAAAGCUUAAUUUGUUGUGUUCUGAACAGUAGAGUUUCAUUCCCAUAAAGUGGUUAGUUUAAACAAAAACGGGUGCUCGACGCUGCAUCGAUUAGGUAAUGGAACAAAAUAUUUGGUUGGUCAACUGUUUGUUGCUGCAUUUAAACACCGUAGGGCGUAUUUAAAUCUCUCCAAUAAGCCGCUGGGGGUUAUUUGUUCCAGCCAUUUUUGAGGGGGUGGGGGGGGGAGGGGGGGGGGCUUAUUUCACAUCUGAAGGCAUCUUUCACUUAUUCUUUGAUUUUGGAAUUCUUAAAUGGAUGACUACUAUUUUAUUGAAUUCGUUAGGAAUAAUAAGCAAACUGUAGGGGAGGGGAACCAUUGUGACUAUUGAAAUGGACAUUUCACUCUGAAAUUAAGAAGGGAGAGGUAGGGCUGGAGAAUAGGAAGCAUCCGCUGUCUAAUUAGGUAAAGUGGGCAAUUUCCAAUCUGCAGGUGUUUGAAUGGGGCGGACUCCUUGACGGGAGUGCAUUUUUCCAGGCACAUACCCCACCCCCCUUUUCCCUGGUUUUCAUGGUAAUCAAUCAGGCAAAACUGUAUACAAAUUUACAUACUGUUAUAUUCCAUCAUUGCUGAAUUUUUUAUGAAAAUGGUGUGAAUGUAUUUACCACCUAAAUAGACGGGUCGAAAGCUUCUACGAAACAGGUCUUCUUGUGGCGCCUGCAGCAAUGGACUCGUCAAAAAAAAAAAAAAUCCCAACGUGUUUAAGGGAUAAUGUCUGUUUUUAGCACUACUUUGCACACCCAAGAAAAUACUUUUCCAUCAAUGGCAAGCAAAAUAAGUGGAAAGAUGCGCCACUUAUUCGAGGACGGGGUUCUUACGGGUAAAUAAGGUACAUGUAACAUUUCAGUAGCAACCCACGCUAAUUGUAAUACGGUUAACCCUCUCCAAAAAGGAAACCGCUUGGGGAGGAGGGAGGUAUCCAUCUCGUAGAGAGUUAAAGAAACUGAAUGAAACACGACAGGAACUAACGCCAUAUAUCUGUCUCAGGGAAGGUACCCUUUGCGAGACCGUUGACUGUACAGGUGGGCUUUCCAUGCCUCGCGCGAACUAUCAUUCCGAAACAAAGCAAAGGGAGGCUCAUUCACAGCUCAAAAAAGUUUAUUCUUUCAGACAUCUAUAAAUGUACUUUCAUUAACUGUACAACAUUAAUCUGCGCACCCGAAAACUAGCACGCCACGUUCCUGACAAUGCGCUUCAUUCCCAACAACUAGCUUUCUACCAGAUACUCUUUCAAACAACAAAUAAUCGGGAUUCUACUCUGAAAGCUGGUUUGAGGAAACUUUAUCAGGAUAAUGAUGAUGAUGAUGAUGAUGAUGACGACCACGAUAAUGACGAUGAUACUGACGAUGAUGAUGGUGAUCUUAAUGGUGAUGAAAACGACAAAGAUAAUGAUAUCAAUAGCAAACAUGUUCACGGCCACCAUAAGGGUGAUGAAAAUUAA